GUCUUUUAUCGGCUUUUUCUCUCAUCAAAAACAUUUCCAUUUUUCACUUCGCAUCGCAUACAGAAAUUAAAAAAAAAAAAACAAUCACUCAACACAGUUUUAUUUUCUCUAAUGAAAAUUCCGAAGCAAGCUUCAUAAAAAAUGGCAGAAGAAGAAACUACCGGUAACAACACUGAGAACACCGCCUCAAAAAAGCAGGUAAUAGAUCCGGAGCUGUUUAGCUGCUUGCUUCAACCGGUAACCGCCGAUUCCGAUCCUGAAUACAUCGGCAUUCGCCGCCUUCUCCUUCACCGCAAAGCUGAAUCCGGUGUUAAUCGUCGACUGGAUUGGAGAUGCAAUGGAAAAGGUUAUGUUAGCUAUAGAAAUUAUAUUCGCAGACCGAGAAAUUGGGAAAAUCAGCAAAUACCAAGCCUCCAAAGUACUCCAGAUAACAGUGGGCGAUGGCUUCAAUCUCCAAGUCCGCUGUCCCAAUUUUUUGAAGUGGAAAGCUGGAGUUCUAGUAGGAACUUUACUGGAAAUCCAGCUUCAACUCACAGAACAAGUUUUGGCUCAAGUAUGAGUGAUAAUGAUCGUCCUCGUCACCGAGGGGUUGAACCGGCAUAUUCUUUUGUUGGAAUGCACUGCAUCUUUGAUCAAUGCAAAUCUGCUGUCACAGUUUUGAAAUUCGGGCACACAAGUUCUGAUCUGCUCGCUUAUGGGGCAGCAGAUGGGACCCUGACAGUAUGCACGGUCUCUGAUCCACCUUCAGUUCUCAAACAAUUAAAGGGGCAUUCAAAAGAUGUCACAGAUUUUGACUUCUCAUCCAACAAUCAGUAUAUUGCAUCGUCUUCCAUGGACAAAACUGUGAGAGUGUGGGAGUUAUCACAAGGUCUCUGCAUCCGAGUAAUAUAUGGGGUCUCUUCACAAAUGUGUAUUCGAUUUCACCCUGUAAAUAACAAUUUCCUGUCUGUUGGAAAUGAAAACAAAGAAGUUACUGUAUAUAAUUUCAGCACUGGUAGACUGAUUCAUAAAGCCUUUUUUGAUGCUAAGGUUACCGCUAUGGACCAUGAUCACACUGGUCAUCUCAUUUUCUGCGGGGAUGCACAGGGAUCGGUAUACUGUGUAAGCAUGAACUCUCACACAGGCGCCCUAUCACGUACUCAUCGCCAUCGAAGUAGUGGCAAGAGCAAAUCUCCAGUGACAACUGUGCAGUACCGAAGUUUCUCUCUGCUGGCAGGAGGCCCUGUGUUGCUGACAUGCAAUCAAGACGGAAGUCUCUCUUUCUACAGUGUGGCUUUGGAAAUACAAGGUUAUUUGUCGCUUCGCUGCUCACUUAAAUUGGCGCCGAGAGUAUAUAGCAUUCGGGCGUCUUUUUGUCCCCUGCUUUCCCUUGAAAAAGGAGAAUACAUAGUGGUCGGAAGUGAAGAUUCUAACGUCUACUUCUACGAUUUAACUCGUCCAAGGAAUACAUGCGUGAACAAGCUACAGGGCCAUCGUUUUCCAGUUAUUUGUGUUGCGUGGAACCAUGGAGAAAAUCUGUUGGCUUCAUCUGAUCUAUACGGCAUUGUUAUAGUAUGGAAGAGAGCAAAGUCGAAUUCAAGCAAAUAUACACGGUAAUAAAUCUUGAGCGCACAGAUUUCAUGAAUAAGGAAAGAAUUUAGCUUAAUUCUUUGUUUAAACCUUCUCUGGCUGUUGUAUACUUGUCCGAAUCACUAGCGGCUGAUCACAUGCGAAAAUUAUUUUAGUCUCCGAUUCAUUAGAAAACCGGGUCAUAGUGUUUGUAUUAAAUUCUGUAAUAUCAAUUCAUUAUCUGGAUGGGUACAUUUUUGAAAUGUAAAGUGACUGCAACAAUUUUUUUGAAAAAUACUUGCAAAUGAACGUACGAUACUGAUCGCUUAGGCGAAUCUUUAGCGUUGA